ACACUUGUGCAGUUGUACUCCAAGGAUAUAUCUGUCAUUUGAGAUUUUAGCCUUUUCCUUCUCUGUCAUCUCAUGAAAUCAUUCUUCCUCCGCAAUCCUUCCACUUCCUCACAUCUGGAGCAGAGAGCCUACCUUGUAAAACCCUAACCCUUCCUUUCACUUAUACUUAAUCUCUUGACUAUUGCUUAAUUCAUUUGAACUCUCUAUGAUUCUGGGAUUUCAAAAACAAAACCCUUUUAACAGAAUCGCUUUCGUGCAGUGAAUUCUGGGAUUUCUGGCUCCUCCAUGGUUGAACAAUUAGGGCUUUGUCAAGGAAAAGUUGCCAACUCUUUCAAGCUUGAUGAUAAGAGUACAAGUGAUAUCAUUGUACGCUUGAGAAAUAAAGAAGGAAGACGUGAAGUGUUCUACUCCCAUUCAUUUGUUCUAAAAAAUAAGAGCAAGUUCUUUGCAGAUAGGCUCUGCAAUCCAAAUUCGGAUACUUGCAUCGACAUUAACUGUUCAGAUUUUAAUUAUAAUAAUCUGGUUGACCUUUUGUGCCGUCUCUAUCUCCCUUCCGACUUGCUUCUGGAGUCCUGGGACUCUGUAAAAUCUGCUGUUGGAAUUCUUCAGGUUGCAGUUGCCUUCCACUGUGAAGAGAUUACGCAAAGCUGUAUCCAGUACUUAGAGGCUGUUCCUUGGGAGGACAAAGAAGAGGAAGAGAUUCUAAAAGCAGUUUCAAAACUGGGCUCUAUAGCCAUGCCCAUAUUGGCCAGGAUCCAACCAGUUGAUUUAAGCAACACUAAAAAUGUUCUUUUAUCCGCAAUUCGCUUCGCCACAUCCAUUAGUGGACCGUGCCCUCCAUUUGGUGAUGAGCUUAAGACUUCUGCUCAAGAGCAAGUUGAAUACAUGCUUGGGGAAGAUGAAGAAACUCCGCUAGUUACGGGUGAUGACGAAAUUAGAGUGGAGAUGAGAAUGGGUCUUUCCAAGAUUUGUUCAUCAUUUGAAAAGGAGUUGUCUUCGCUUCUUUUGGAGUCUGACCUCACAUCCGAGACAGCAGAGAAUAAAAUAAUCCAGUGUCUAUCCGAUCUUGAAUGGAUGUGUAAUAUACUCCCAAAGAUUGAUUUAAUGAAGGAUUUUGUUGCGAAGUGGGCGGAAAUCUCUGGUAACAUUUUGGGUGUUGUUGAAGACAAGAAACUUGAUUCUUUCAUGUGGGGUUCUAAAGUAAAGCUAAUAGAAGUGACUGCAAAGGUCUUGGAAGCCGUGGGCUAUGGAAAUGUAAUUAUUCCGGCACCAUGCAGAGUGCUUCUGUUGAAGACGUGGCUACCUUAUAUAAGGAAGAUAAAGCCUCUUCUGGAUUCGAAGGGCAACGAGGAUGCUGGUUUUCCUUACAAGAUGGACGAAGACCUAUGCCAGAGCAUUGAGGGCGCAAUUGUCUCAUUGGUACUAGCAUUGCCGUCAAAUGAUCAGGCGGAUAUUCUCACAGACUGGAUGAAAGCCGAGCAGGUGAAGUAUCCGGAUCUGAGUGAGGCUUUUGAGGUAUGGUGUUACAGAACCAAGUCUGCAAAAAGAAGGUUAAUGGAGGGCUUAGACAGAGUUGGCAACGCCACUGUCAGCCUGUGAUUUAUUACAUUGGUUUUUGUUGUAAGAUUACUUUGUUUUAGUGGAGUGGGAUGGUGAAAACCACUGCUCUAUGUUGAUUAGAGUUAAAACUUUGGUUCUUGUUUCUGUUUCAUUUCCUUGGUACUUUCCAAAUGACCUCAUUAAUAAUGUUCCGAAUAUAAUUCAGGGGA